UCCCUGAAUCCACCGGUAUUGGUCUUUGUUCAAAGCAAAGAGAGGGCAAAAGAGCUCUACAGAGAGCUGGUAUAUGACGACAUUAGAGUUGAUGUAAUCCAUGGAGACCUUACUGAAGAGCAGCGUCAAGAUGCUGUUGACAACUUGAGAGCUGGAAAAAGCUGGGUGCUAAUAGCAACAGAGGUUCUUGCACGGGGAAUGGAUUUCAAAGGUGUCAAGUGUGUAAUCAACUAUGAUUUCCCUGAGUCCGCGUCUGCCUACAUUCACAGAAUAGGACAGUCCGGAAGAGCAGGCAGAUCGGGGGAGGCGAUCACGUUCUUCACGGAGGAGGACAAGCCGUUCCUGUGGAACAUCGCCAACAUACUGGUAUCUUCGGGCUGCGAGGUUCCUUCCUGGAUGGUGGCGUUGCCCAAGCUCAAGAGCAGGAAGCACAGGGUGGACAGGUGUGUCGAUCUUGAUCAUCUAAUUCAUUGCCGUCAUAUUAGCAAAGUGCUGAUCGUCUCAUACGCACGAGGCUUUGCAGCUAGAUAAAAAAGAUCGAAAGCAGACAGACGUAUUAGGAAGUGUUGGUACCGUGGAAGACCCAAUAAGAUUAGUCACCGAUCUUAUUGAAGCAGAAGACCCAACAGGCAGUGUGGGUCAUGACUCACAAGUUCAAGGCGUUUGAGGUAUAGAUCACAAUAUCAUUUUUUUUUCUUUGAUAAUUUGGUGGUUAGUGGUGUUGCCACACGACCAAGUUCACAUAUAUCCUUUUUCUUUGUUUCAACUAUUCUAGAUUCUCUUAUUUGUUUAUUUCUUUUUCCUGUGAAAUUCAUUCUUUUCGUUUCCUUGUGUGUGCAUGGAUCUACCAGGAAACAAAUGGUGAGUGGUCCUCUGUCAACCUCAUUCCUCCCUUGUCCCUUGUUCGGUGGAUUAGUAUUUUUCUGUCAAUGUGUUUAUGCACUUUCUUUCUUUUAGCUCAAGCAUAUAUGAUGAGUCCUUUCAUGCACUUUUUUUACAACACUCUAAUGUGUCUGACAUGAUCAGUUGAUUUUCUGGUUGCAGGGAGAAUAGAAUACAUAUCAACCAUUGAGGCCAGUUUUUACUGGAAUUUUUCUUGCGGCCAUCAGGAUGUUUGUGUAGGUUUGCUCUGCAACACGGCUGAACAUUAUGUUGUUUUCUGUUGACAGAAGCAUUAUCGGUACUAUGUAUGUAAAUGUAGCUUGGAAGACAAGGAAGCACAACAAAUGGAGGCGUUCUGUUUAAUCCACCCUCCCUUACAUAAUUGCUCUUGAACCUUUUUUAUUAAACUGCUAUGUAGCAGUGGGGCCUAUCCGCCUCUCAAAAAUAAGGUGGACAUCAAAUGAUAUUAUGAAAAUAAGUUUUCCAGGAAAAGAGUAUCUCAAUGAACACCAGUGUGUCUUGCUAAUUUUAAGUUUGCUUCAACAUCAAACUCAGAUUCGCAAAGCUAUCAACUAUUACAUGUCAAAGUUAUGACAAGUAUGAAGUAUGGCAAUCAUAUCGAGAAGGAUGUUACUCCCCCAGUCUUCGGUAUCUAAACAGCUCCUAUGUGCUGGUAGCAAAGGCAACAAUUCAGGUAUUAAAUUACAUAAAGAACUAAGGGAGAAGCGUCCAUUUGAAAAGCUCAAAGUCAUUGGUUCGCAUUGGUGUGAUUAUAUCAAAGAUUCAAUGGAAAAUAAGGUUAGCUUGUUGACCAUCUUGACUACAUUUUCGUUGUUUCUUAUUAGUCCUGAGAUGUAGAUAUACUGGUAAUCAUUCUUCACCCCUUA